AUGACCUCUAGAAAGUUUCCUGAGCGCUGGAAGAAAAAACCAGAGUUUCCUUCAAAGAGGGUGACAACCAGAGAAGAGCUAGUGUUAGGAGGUCCAUAUUCUGAAAGUGAGAGAACUUUGAAAUCAGAAAACAGCUUUAACAACAAAGACAAAAUCAUCCAAAAACUACAAUCAGAGGUUGAACAUCUGAAAACAAAAAAUCUUGACUUGGAGAAGUAUGUUACAAAAAUACUUGAUAGUAAGGAGGAAGUAACAACUCAACUGAAUGACUUGGCCAGUAAGAAUGAAUAUCUACGUAAGGAACUCGCUCAUGUAGACAAGUUAGCAGAACGGCUGGAAAAAGAAAAAGAAUUUGUAUUGGAAAGGUCAGACCAAGAACUUGCAGACGCCAAGUCUCAGAUUAAAUGUCAGCAAAAUACUAUAUGGAAACUGGAACAUAAAAUCAACAUUCUUAGCUCUACUGCCUCAAACAUUGAAAAAUCACAAGACAGACAUCCUUCAAAGCUUGACAAUUUUAUAAAGUCACUAGAAGAAGACAGAGAUUAUUAUAAAGCUGAAGCUGGGCAUUUGAAGAAGAUGCUUCGAAAUACGUCUUCAAGUCCUAGGCGCAGCCACUCUCACUCUAUUUCAAAGGAUCCCUCCCCCAUCCAGGGAUGUAACUCUGAUCCAGAAUUUCUGCAAAUCUUGAGGGAACGUGAAGAAUAUAAGACAAUGCUGGAAAAAUAUGAACGUCACUUGGCAGAAAUUCAAGGCAACAUCAAGGUUCUCACAGCAGAAAGAGACAAAGUCAUUGAUCUUUAUGAUCAGGCACAGGAAGAAAUAAGUCGACUGCGAAAAGAAGCUAUCAAAAUCCCCAAAGCAUCUAAAACUGCGAUGACUACACAGGCUGUUCUGAGACGUGUGGAGACAGAAAGGGAUGCAGCUAUUUCUGAUUUCCGAAGGAUGGCCACAGAACGGGAUAGCUUGAGAGAGAGGUUAAAGAUUGCUCAAGAAACUGCAUUUAAUGAGAAAGCUCACCUGAAACAGAAAAUUGAGGAGCUGGAGUUAAAUGUUCAGAGUCUUGACAAUGAACGAUUAGAACAAAUUUCAAAGAUGGCUUUGAUGAAGGAGACCAUUGAGUCUGUAGAAAUGGAGAUGAAAAUAUUGGUAAGAAGAGCAGUAGAUUUUGAAAGUGAGCUAAACAAACAAAAGGCAACUAAUGCGUCACUGAGCAUAUUGAAUGAAAAAACAGAGCAUAGCCUUUCAGAGGCCCAACGACAAAUUUCAAAGAAAAAAUAUGAACUUCAACUCAUUCAAGAUAAAAUUAUGUGUCUGGAUGAAAAAACUGAAAAACUUUACAAACAAAAUAUUGCUCAACAAGAAGAUAUUUGCACACUAAAUGAAACAAUAGCUGAAAUAGAUUCAGAAAAGGAUUCUUUACAAGACCUUCUGGAAGAGAAGUCAGACAAAGUUGUCACCCUUGAAGAAAGCUUGGCCAUUAAAGAAAAGACAAUUUCAGAUUUGAAGUGCAUACUUUCUGAUAUGGAGCAUUCAUCAAAACAUUCUACUGAAGCACUCCGCAGGUAUGAACAGGAUAUUACCAAACUACAUCAACUUUUGGAUGAAGCCAAUAAUGAACUUACUCAGACUAGCAAGGAGAAAGAAGUAUUAAUUCAAGAGAAUGAUAGGCUACAGGAACAGCUUUAUGGCUUUAAGGAGGAAAAUCAGAUUCUGCAUCAAAAACUCAAUAAAUGUCAGAAUGAACUUGAUAACAUUAAGGUGAAAACUGAAGAUUUGUAUACAGACAUAUCCAAGUUGAAGAGCAUGCUGAACGCUAAAGAAAAGGAAAAUCAAGAUCUUUUGGAGAACUACGAAAGGGCCAAUGAACAGGCAGAAAAGUGGGGGGGAAAGUUCCACCAAAUAGAAGCAGAUUGUAACUCUAUCCAGCUGGAGCUUCUCAGUGUAGAGUCUGAGAGCCAUAGACUGAAAGAACAAACGGAGUCCCUUGAAACAGAGAUUGGGCAACAUUUAGCAGCAGAAAAAGCCUACAAAUCACAGAUUUCUACGUUAGGUAAGUCUGUUGUGAAAAUGGAGGAGGAACUCCACAAAGUCCACCUGGAAAAAGUUUCUGUACUCUCAGCCUUGACAUCUACUCAGGAACUGUGCAUAAAAUUAGACACUAGCAAAGAGUUGUUAACCCGGCAACUAAACAACACAACACAGGAAUUAGAACGGCUGCAGAAUGAAUGGGAAUCGUCUCACUCAGAAACAGAACUGCUCAAAAAACAACUUACUAAUGAAAGAAUCUCAAUAAAAAAUCUAGAAACAUUGUUAGCAUCCAACCGUGAAAAGGAAUUUCAAUCUCACAUGAUAAACCAAGAAAAAGAUUCUGAAAUUCAGCUUCUUAAAGAGCAGCUUUCUAUGGCUGAAAACAAAAUUGCUAUGCAGACUCGAGAGUUUUCGCAGCUCAAAAAUACAAUAACUCAACUGGAAUCUGAGUUAGAUAUCACCAAAAGACAGCUGGGUACAGAAUGCUUUGAAAGAGAGCUUGCUGUCCAAGAACUUCGCCACCAGAGUCUUACAGCUUCAUACCACUUAAUGUCUACAAUAAGGCCAUCGUCACCUGAACGUUCUCGGCACCGAUCUCCUGACAGGUCUCUGGACAAAUCUUUGGAAGGGGAUUCUAUUUUGAAGAACUUCUAA